CUGGUGUUGAGAGGAACUGCCAUGUGGUAAAUACAGCGCUCCUGUGUAAAUAUUUCAGACUAUGUUGAUGGAAAGGUCCAGUGAGGAUAUAACCAACCCUCUGCUCAUCUAGGAGAAGAUGUUCCUCUGGUCAUCAGUGUUCUCCGGGGAACCCCAGGUUCCUGGUCAGCGCUCGCCGGAGGAGCUGGUGAUUAACAUGCUGAUGCUAGAGCUGGGCUCUUUGCUGAAGCGCACGGAGCGCCUCCGUCAGGAGAGGACGAUGGAGAACCGCAGGCGCAGCUCCUCCGUGGAUUACAGCUGGCUGGCUGCACCUCCACAUAAAUCCCCCUAUGAGAUUCCAGCUGGGGAGAUCCUGGAGCUUCAGGACCUUUGUGCCAAGGUCUCUCCCUCCCAAUGCGGCCCCCUCAUCCUCAGGCUGAGGAAAGUUGUGACAGAGGUAGAGCCAGAGGUGACUGAGGUGUCUCGUCUGUUUCGUUCCGUGCUGUGUAACUUCCUGGACGAGGUGGAGGAGGAGGAAGCCAGCGAGAGAGCACUGAAGACUCGGGCCAGCCGCAGUAAGAGCAUGUCUGUCAUCAACCCGCUGAGAAACAGAGUCACAGUCAGCCGUGAAGCUGAGGACCGAGCCGAGGACGACGAGGAUGAAGACAAUAUCCACACAAACAGGAGGAUCAGGAGCAUGCCUGAUAUCAGUGUAGAGGAAGAAAGAGCACUGACCUGAACAAGCUAUGUUUGGAGUACAAAACUCUUUAUGAUAUGGUCUGCACACAGAUUAUUUUAAAGCAUUGCUUGUUUCCCAGUUAUAAUGCAAAAAAGCUUAAUCAGCAUUACACUCUUAAAAAGGAAAGCUAUUAAUGGGGAUUUUGCAGUGAUGCCAUAGAAGAACCAUUUUGGAUUCAACAAGGAACAUUUUAAUAAUCUAAACUUGUUUCCAUCUUAUCUGCAAUGCGGUCUCAGGUACAAAGCUGGUAUCAUAAGCUACAUAAGCCAAAAGGUACAUCUUUAUACAUUAUUUACCCCUAAAUGUUACAUAUUAGUACUUUUUGAAGUUUUGUACCUUUUUUUCUGAGAGAGUGGAAAUGUUCUGUUGAUGUUAAAGGUACUUCACCAGAUGCUAAUGAAGAACCUCAAUUUUUAAGAGUGUAUUGCUCUCAAGCAGCAUGGUUUUGCUUUUUCAGCAUCAUGAACCUUUUGUACACAUCCUUUCCAUCAAAUGUGGCAUAGUUGUCAAAUGCAAGAUUUAAAGAUUAUGGUCUUAAAACAUCACUUUUGUCCUAUAUUUAAAAGUAGCUUUGAUUAACUUCAUUAAUAAUUCAAUUACUUUUAGGUAAUCAAUUACUACACAUGCUACUGUAAAAAAAGACAAAAAGCAAGAGACAUUGUGAAGAAAGCAUACAAUUCAAAUGGUUCAGUUCUUCCAUUUUACAGUAUGCAUUUCAAAAAUGGUGGAGUGGGACGUUCCCCCAAUCUCAAUUCUCUAGAAAACACCAUUUGAAGUAUUCUCAUGGACCCCCCGAGACCAUAUACUGACACAUUUCAAACAAGCUUGUGGAGGAUGGUUAAAACCCCCAGUGAAAUCAAAAAUAAAUCCUGUUUGAGUUGU